AUGCAUGUGCGUCUUGCCGCUCUGCUGGUGGCAUUAGGCUCCCAAUGCCUGGGUCAAUUUCCAGACUCCAACCUCGCGGCCCUGAACCUGACAGUGGUGCGCUCGCCAGCUGACGGCAAUGUCACCAUCUCCUACAAGGAGCCUCAAGGCGUCUGCAAAACCGCCUUCAACCAACAGAAGCAGUACACAGGCUGGGUCCACCUUCCUACGCCCUUCCCGUCCAAUCUCUUUUUCUGGUUCGUCGAAGCGCGCCAAAAAACCGACAGUCUCACCAUUUGGCUGAACGGAGGGCCUGGUUCAAGCUCCCUGCUUGGCUUCUUUGCUGGGAAUGGGCCAUGUCAAGUCAUUGAGAAAGGCCUCAACAGCUAUGAGACCAUGGCUCGGGAAUGGGGGUGGGAUCGGGCAUCCAACAUGCUGUUUAUAGAUCAGCCCAACCACGUUGGCUUCUCGUACGACAAGCCUACCAACGGGACCCUGCAUAUGCUAAAGGGAAAUGUACGACAGCCGCCCACUCCGCAACGAGAUUCUGCUUCUCCUUGGGUAUACCUGAACGGAACUUUUAGCUCCGGCAACGCAAACACCACCGCCAACACGACACAAACCGCAGCUCUUGCUGUGUGGCACGUCAUUCAAGGCUUUCUCACCACCUUUCCCCAAUACCAAAACGCUUCCAACACCUCGAUACCCGUCAGCAUCUUCUCCGAAAGCUAUGGCGGAAGAUACGGUCCCCUCUUUGCCGAGACCUGGGAGGAGCAGAAUCACAAACGACUUUCGGGGGAGCUAAACGCCAACGCCACCGUGGCUGUUCAACUCAGCUCGCUGGGAAUCGUCAAUGGCUGUGUCGACCAGGAGAUUCAGGUUCCCUACUACCCCGUCUUCGCCAGCACCAAUACCUACGGUUAUGCUGCCCUCGCUGAUGGGGCAGCCAAGUUCUAUUCGGCCAAAUUCAGUGCGCCUGAUGGCUGUCAGCAGAAACUCCGACAAUGCUUCGGCGCCGCGUUAGCUCAGGAUGCCAUGGGCCGUGGAAACAAUCCCCAGGUGAACACGCUGUGCGCGGCCGCCAACAAUGCCUGUCUGGUUAUCCAAGAGCCGUAUUACAGCAGCGGCCGUAGCCCUUAUGACCUGGCUGCCGCUUACUACGACCCCAACCCAGCUUUGCAAUUCCUGGACUACCUGAAUCAAGGCCACAUUCUCCAGGCCAUAGGGUCGCCCGUCAACUACACCAUGGCUAGUAACGCCGUGCUCGAGGCCUUCCAGGGUACAGGCGACCAAUCCAGGGGUGGCAAUAUCAAGCGACUGGCCGACCUCCUCGACAGGGGGAUCCGUAUCGGUCUCAUCUAUGGCGACAGAGACUACAUCUGCAACUGGUACGGCGGCGAGGCCGUUGCUCUCGCCAUCGCGAACCAGAGCCGCGCCAACUAUGCUUCCCGAUUUCCCGCAGCUGGAUAUGCCCCAAUUAUCGUCAACGACUCGUACAUCGGUGGCGUUGUUCGUCAGUACGGCAAUUUAUCCUUUAGCCGUGUAUACCAAGCCGGCCAUUCUGUAGCCUGGUACCAACCUGAGACUGCAUUCCAGGUAUUCGCGCGCAUCAUGAUGGGCACGUCUGUCUCCACCGGCGAAAUCAUCAAUCUGGCAGCUUACAACACGUCUGGGUUGUCGGUGGCUUCACACGUGGACACGCUUCCUGCAACGCCUGCCUCGACGUGCUACAUCCAUGCCUUCCCGAAUACGUGCGACAACGACGCACAGAGUCUCGUUUCCAUGGGUGCUGGUGUCGUCAUCAAUGGCAUUCUGUACAGCAAGUCUGCAGAUUGGCCGCUGGCCACGACGCAGCCGACUUCAUCGACAGUUGUUGGCAAGUCCACGAGCAAACCAGAGACCCUCACGGGUGUCUUUACAGCUACAGAGACGCCGGGUAGUAGGGCGAGCGCUUUGUGCUUUGGAUCUGUCAGUUGGGUCAUGGCUGUUGCCUUGGCAUCUGUACCUACAGCGGUAGGUUUGUUUUAG